UUUCACGUGAGCAAGAUAAGAAGAGAUUCAUCACCACGAGGCCUUUAUUAAUUCUAUGUCUUUCACGAGGCUGACACAAUUCUAUGCCUAUACCUUGAUGUGCACUUGUGCUGCUGGUUUUGUGGUAUAUUGCGCGUGAAGCACGGACGCAGUCACUGAGACAAUGAUAACGCAUGCGUACGUGCGUUAUCAGGAUGACCGCAGAUGUGCGGUCGUUAAAAUUGAAGACAUCCGAGGGUUCAAGGCAGACGACGACUUCCGGACAACAUUUUAUAAUGUCAAGUGGACCGAUAAGGAUGGUGAAGCGCACUUUUAUCGCGCCAGAAUUCUUCUCGUCGGGGAGUCUGAGGAUGACCUAAAAACAAAGAUGAAAAGUGGGCGAGUCAGAAUCCGAAGAAUCCUCAGUAGUAGCGAUAGUGACAGAAGCGACAAGAAAGUCGCAAUGCAGACAGAGAAAAAAACACGGGAAGGGCCCAGCAAUACACUGUUGGACAUACUGGCCUCAAAAAAGAAAAAGCUCACGCAGAAAGACCAUACAGAACAAAAAACGCAACUGUCAGCAGCCCAGGAAGAAGUGGCCCGCCUUAGCUCGACAGUCAAACAUCAGGAGGAAGAGCUUCAAGAGCUGCGGGCUCUAAAUAGAGAGCUGCAGCAAAAGCUGCUCCAAUCAAUGGACUGCAUGCAAGGCAAACAGUUUUUUUGUGUGUGCAUGAAGAGCACAGUAGAAGAAUGAGUAGUAAUUAGGUUUUGCCGGCAGUAUACUCGAUUAAUCAAAAAUAACCAUUGUUCUGAUGUGUUUUCAUAUUUCACUUGGUGCAGCCAAUUCAUCUCGAGCACCGCAGCUUGCACUGCCACCAGCACAAACAACACACCGUGGGAGAUUGUUGCCGGAGCUAUUGGCACAGGAGCCGGAGCUGCCUGAUACAGUAUGCAACUUGUGAUUUGUAAGUUCGGGUUGAAGGGUUCAUUCUUCCUUCCCUUCAACAAGUGUAUAGCUAGCAUAUUCAGUUCUUGCUGGGUUUUAUGUAAACUUGUGAUAUGUAUUCUUUUACAGACUGACACUGGUAGCGGAAUCCGAAUUGCAAGCUCUGCGUGGAGGCGUAUACAGGACAAUCCGAAAGAUUCGAUGUUCGUGAAAGACCUUCUCACAGCAGUGUGGAGCCCAGCAGAGUUGCUUGGCCGGUCUCUGCAUGGUAACUGCAAACUAAGAAAUUUUGUAUAACUUGUUUUAACGUGUUCUCUAAUCACCUUUGCAUUCUUUUUUGUUCUUUCACUUUGCAGGAAAGCACUGUCCACGCUUUCCUGACCACCCGAGAAAAGUGCCACUGUCGCCGUUGAAAGUGUCGGUGAUACGUGGUGAGUGAUGAACAGAUGAGCCAUCAUAUGUAAUACUUCACAGUGUUAUUCACUGGGUUUGGCCAGUGAAACUUUAAAUAACCUGCUUAUUGUAUGUGUAUUUUUACUUUUGUUUGACAGAAUGCUACAAGGAGCGAUUGCACAAGAAAGGACUGGUGGCCGACAUGAUGCCUGGGGCGUUAAAACAGAUGAAUCACUUCAUUGUCAAAAAAAUAAGUGAGAUCGAGAGGAUGGCCAAAAGGUUUGCAAGCUGUUUAAUUGCAUAGUCACAUUUCAGGUCGGAGAGAUGAAUUUGUAGAAAAAUCAUUUUGCUUGUGCAUGCAGUGCCCACUAUGCUGUAUGCCCUACAGUACUAGAUCAUAUUCAGCUGCCCACAGAAAUUGUCUGCAAUUAUAUUCCCGGUAUUUAGAGACCAUGUAGCUGUUAGGACAUUGUCAGCACUUUUGUCAUUAGAGAGCUUUUGCCAUAUUCUCCACGCGCUACGAAUAUAUUUCAUGCACAUUCAUUUUGCCUUUUAUUCCUGCACUGUUUCAAUCAGAGCGACCAAGGAGCUGCCAUAAGGAAACCAUGAGAAGAACCUGCGACUGAACCUACCUGCAGCAGUAUUUAUUUAUUUGUGUAAGUAAUGUAGAAACGAUGGAAUGCAGGCUUUAAGGCGCAAACACCAGGAGAGAAGUAAGUAGACGGACACAACACAGACUUUAGAGCCUUCGUGCAUGCUCUGAAUGAGCUAAAAAUAUCGCUUGUUUUGCUUUGUUUCAUUAAACUGGGUUCCAUCGUUUCUACGUGUAACAACAGGCCCAGCAACACACGCUACUCUUUUGUGUAAUAAAGUUUCAUUACUGCCUUCGCUUUGUGUACCUUCAAAUUUCUUGCCAAUUGGUAUUGCCCAUUGGUGCAAUUGGUCAUCCCA